UAAUGACUUAAAAACCGGUCCUGCCCUCCCAAUCUUUUUCAAUGAUUGUCAAUUUAAAAUCAUCCCUUAGAGUAAGAGUUAUCUCCAACAGUUUCUUUCAACUCAAAUCAAUUUAUAGAAAGACCAUCCGACAGGUAUUUACUAGUACGGAUACAAUUAAAUUCAACAAUCGAAACCGUUAUCACACCCAACGAUUUAAAAUGACUACUACUGAAGCUCAACAUAAAGUUGCCGCCGAAAGAUUGCAACAUCUUGCCUCGUUGCUUUCUACCAACCCAACCUCCGCUCGUGAGUCCUUAUCGCCAGUAAGACCAUUCAGAAUAGCAGUUAUUGGUUCAGGUAACUGGGGUACUACCAUUGCCAAAGUUUGUGCUGAAAAUGCUGCUUCUAGACCUCACCUUUUCGCUCAUCAUGUGAAUAUGUGGGUCUUCCAAGAAAAGAUUGAUGGUGAAAAUCUCACUGAUAUCAUCAAUUCUAAACAUGAAAAUGUCAAAUACCUUCCUGGAGUCACUCUUCCAACAAAUCUUCGUGCUGAACCAGAUAUUGUAAAAGCUGCCAAAGAUGCUGAUCUUCUUGUUUUCAACUUACCACAUCAGUUUUUACCAAAGAUCUGUUCCCAAUUGAAGGGUAAUUUAAAGCCUCAAACCAGAGCCAUUUCUUGUUUGAAAGGUUUAGAAGUCACUCCACAAGGUUGUAAGUUGUUGUCAACUUAUAUUACUGAAACCCUCGGCAUUCAAUGUGGUGCCCUUUCUGGUGCUAACUUGGCUCCUGAGGUUGCUAGAGGUAAAUGGUCCGAAACCACUAUUGCCUAUAAGUUACCAAGUGACUUCCAAGGUAAGGGUAAAGAUAUUGACCAUUUUGUCUUGAAGGCCGCCUUCCAUAGACCUUAUUUCCAUGUCAACGUCAUUGAAGAUGUUGCUGGUGUUUCUGUCGCCGGUGCUUUGAAGAAUGUUGUCGCUUUGGCAGUUGGAUUUGUCGAAGGUUUAGGCUGGGGUGAUAAUGCCAAGGCUGCCAUCAUGAGAGUUGGAUUGUUGGAAACCAUUCGAUUCUCAGAAUCAUUUUUCCCAGAAUCUCAAGCCUCCACAUUUACAGCUGAAUCCGCUGGAGUUGCUGACCUUAUCACCACUUGUGCUGGUGGUCGUAACGUCAAGGUUGGUAGAUAUAUGGCUGAAACUGGUGCUUCUGCUUUGGAAGCCGAAAAGAAAUUAUUGAACGGUCAAUCCUCCCAAGGUAUUAUUACCUCAAAGGAAGUACAUGAAUUGUUAGAAGUCGUCAAUAGAACUGACGACUUCCCAUUAUUCGAAGCAACCUACCAAAUCAUCUAUGGUUCUGAAUCUAUCGAGAACUUGCCAAUUUUGUUAGAAAGACGCUAGGUAUAACUUGGCUCUCUUUAUGCUUUUUAUUAUUUAUUUCCAUGUACAAUAGAAGGAUAGACUGUG